CAUCGUCGAGGAGCGGAGGAAUUCAGAGAGUCGUCUUUAUUUAAACUUACUCUCUUUGUUAAACCCUAAAUUUAACAGCACAAUGAUCAAGAUUGCCCUUGUCCUGGCGCUCUUUGCCUGUAUUUGUAAAGGAGAGAGUUGCACCGACCCAGUAAUUUCACCUUCGUCAUACACAACUACUGACGCGGUUAUUGCAUCGGAGACUGUUUUCAUUGUGGAGCUCAGCUUGGCCUGUGCUAAUGGAGCUCAGAGCGUGACUUUAUACGCGGAUGUCAAUGGGAGACAGUUUCCUGUUACAAGAGGCCAGGAUGUCGGCAAGUACCAGGUUUCAUGGAGUCUCCCACACAAGCAGGCCAGUUCAGGAACGUACCAAGUCAAAUUCUUCGAUGAGGAGUCCUACAGCGCCCUGAGGAAGGCUCAGAGGAACAAUGAGAAUGUGGAGACCAUUAAACCUCUCUUUGUUGUCAAUGUGGAUCACAGAGGAGCAUGGAGCGGCCCUUGGGUUUCCACUGAAGUUCUGGCUGCUCUUAUUGGAAUUCUGGUUUACUACUUAGCCUUCAAUGCUAAGAGCACUAUACAGGCCUAAUGACUUACUCUGGAUGACUUCCCUUUGGCAAGAUGGGCGGUGUUAAUUCACUGAGCUACUUGAUUGGUUUUUGUUGUUGUUGUUGUUUGUUUGUUUUGUUUAUUGUUUUUUUUAAAAAAUUUCUCUAAAGCCACAUCGUAAUUUAAAUAAAACGUUUCGAUACAUUUUUUACUGAAACACGAGAUGUAAAUUACCCACUGUACCCAACAUUGUACAUUCUUGAAUGAUGAACAAACGUUAUUCAUUUUGUUAAUUUGUUUUGUGUGUGUGUGUGUGUGUCAGACUAAGUUGUGUGUUCUUGCACUGCUCUGACUGUACCUGUUGGAUGAGGACAUCUUAUCUUUUGACACUUGUAUAACUUGUUGUAAACGCUUCCAGAUGCACAAGGAGAGACUGAAGGUUUAUCAAAACCUGUCCACAACAUGGUUGUCUGAGUCAUAAGUCCAACAGAGCUACUGCACUGACUGGAUGUACAAACUUUUUUGGUUCUGAAACAAAUAAACAUUUUUAAUAUGUAA